UUAAAGCUUUUGUAUUGUUAAGCAAUAAAAAGAUAGAAGAUUAAGAAAAAAAAAAUAUGAGUGAAAAAUCAGUGUUAAUUUUUGCAAUUGAUGAUAGUGAUCAUAGUUUCUAUGCUCUUGAAUGGACACUUGAUCAUUAUUUUGGUUCUCCAUCAACUUCUCAAUUUAAGCUUGUAAUUAUUCAUGCAAAAAGUAAUGCAUAUGCUACUUGUUCGGUAGGAAUGUCUGGACCAGGAAGAAUUGAUGUGCUUACACUCAUAGAAACAGACAUUAAAAGGGCAGUAGAUAAAGUUAUUGAAAAAGCAAAAGAAUUAUGCAAGAGUAAAGGUGUAUCAAAUGUAUCAUAUGAAGUAUAUGAAGGUGAUGCUAGGAAUAUUAUUGUUGAUGCUGUUGAAAAACAACAUGCCACUCUUUUGGUCAUGGGCAGCCAUGGUUAUGGAGCUUUCAAAAGGGCUGUAUUGGGCAGUGUAAGUGAUUAUUGUUCCCACCAUGCUAAUUGUUCUGUGAUGAUUGUGAAGAAUAAUAAACCAAAGAAAUAGACAACCUUAACCGCUUAUUUGAUCGUGGAAUAAGUUAUUUUGAAAUUAAUUAAUUUAAAAUUGUUAUUUUAUUCUUAGCGUAGGAUAAAAGUAAAGUUAUAAUCUCAAGAUAACUGAUUUUAUGAUUUUAUUUCAAUUAAACAUGAAAUAAAUUCAUUCUAAAAUUAAUUUUUAAAAUUAAUUAUUCCUUAUACCUGAUACCAAACAAGUCAUGGACGGUACUGUCUUUGUUUAAUUGUUAAGGAAUUUAGAUUUUUUUUUUGGUCUGUAUAGGAUUGUAUUUUUUUCUAAUGUUAGUAUAUAUUUU